CGACUCUUCCCAUCGCUGGACCUCCACCAGAGCCGCCUAGCAACGCCGCCCGCCCCGCCGACUCUGCUCCGGCUGCCGCGGCCGUCGCCACCUCGCUCCUACCCGGACGCCUCCCCUCCAAACGCGCCGUAUCAGCCCCUGCUCUCACAACCGAGGCCCCUACUGCCGCCGCCGUGCCGUGCCGUACCUUGGCGGCGUCACCGCCGAACCUCUCACCCCCAUCCACACGAAGCACCACGGCCUCUCAGGCGCGUUGCCGCCAUAGCCGCCCCCGUUCUUCCUCGUUGGGCCAUCACGUUUUCGCUGCCUCCACUCCGUCCGCAGUGUUCACCCAUUUCAUCUUGAGGAGAUCGGCAGAUGGCUAGUAGCUCCAAUGGCCAUUCUUCAGCUAAUGGUGCAAAAGUUCUUCCUGGAAGAGGGAAGAAGAAUCAGGAGAAAUUACAGCUUGACAAAAAUGCAGCUUCUAGGGCCUGUCAGAAGGACAGGCAAUACAUUGAGAAAUUGGAAACUGAGCUGAGCAACUGCUAUCAGGAAAUUGACUAUUUGCAGGAUCAGUUAAAUAUCAGGAAUGUUGAAGCAAACAUCAUGGGAGAGCAUAUUCACGGCCUUGAGCUGAAGCUAACUGAACUUGAGAAAUUUCCUGAAAGAGUGAGAGUUAUGGACAAUGAUCUGAUGCGGUCUGAUUCUCAGUGCUGGCUUCUGAUGGAAGAAGUCCAAUGUAAAGAAGAGGAGCUGCAAAAGGCAGCCUUACAAAUAGAGAAGCUUGAAAGCAUAACUUUAGAUAUGCAAUGUGAAAUUGAGAGUUUAAAACUUGAUUUGACUACGCUUGAGCAAAGACUGUUUGAUGCUGAGAGCUUUAGCCAGCAUACUGCCGAGUACAAAGCUAGAAUAGAGAAGCAACUGGAAGAACAUGAGCUCCAGCUGCAAGAGGCACGCAAGACUAUUGAUCAUCUUGAGGUUGUGAAUAAACAACUGAAAAAAGAGUACUUGCCUGGAGGAGCUCCUAAGCAAUCCUAUGCUACAGGCAUGGAGCAACUUGAUAAAACAUUGGAGCAUGAUGGUCAUGCAAACUAUGAAAGAGGUCAUGAAAUUCUUGAAAAGACCGGGAAGCAAAAUGAAGAACCUGAACUUAUAAUUGAGCAACUCAAGGUAGAACUUCGAGAACAAAAGCUGAAAGCAAAGGAGGAUGCAGAAGAUCUCACUCAAGAAAUGGCUGAAUUGAGGUACCAGAUAACUGGCAUGCUUGAGGAAGAAUACAAGCGUCGGUCUUGCAUUGAGCAAGCGGCUAUUCAACAAAUUCAGCAGCUGGAGGCUCAGGUCUCCGAAGAGCAAAAAAAAUUGAGCGGAGCACUAAGACGGCUACAGGAAUCGCAUGAGCUAGCUGACACACAAGCUAACGAGAUUAAGAAACUGAAAGAUGCUUUAGGGAGAUUGAACUCUGCAAUGAACCUCGGGAGGGUUUGCAGAUCUUGCUCUUGCGGGUUCUGUCCGAUGCUGGUAGAAUUGUCUAAUUGCUCGAUUGAAGGGUCACUUGAUCUCAGAUCUUCCAAUGCUAGCAACGUUGGUGAAACACCAGCGAACCAAGCGCUAGUAGAGUGGCGUCCUGAUGAAGCUUCAGAUGGUGACACAGUAAAUAAUGUAGGAUGCUAGAUGCAUAUGCACUCGUGUGCAGUUGCUGUAUAUAACUCUUUGUGCCACUGUUUAUAGAUGCAUUUGUAAGCAUAGUGAGCUGUUUCAGAUUACCACUUGGAGUUGAGCUCCAUCGGCAGUGCAAUUGUAACUUGUAAAAACUUAAUAUUUAUCGUGUCAAAUUCAGCCUCGCAACUCACAGAGAUGUUACAUUUAUUAACAUCACUAGAUUUGCUAAA